GGGAGAGGUACAGGAAAUCAUUUCCUGAUGAUGUUUGGCUCAGAGAGGAAGGACAAUGUGUUUCAAUGUCCCUUGCUUUAAAGAGAGAAAACAAAAGUGUACUUAUUUUCAUAGAGAAGAAGAAACCAAAAAACGGUGAAGGUUAAACAAAUAGGGAGAGUUUUUUUUUUUUUUCUACAGGUCAAGAGGCCAGUUAAUAAUUACUGAGACCCAAGCUGGUAUGUGGUGUCCAAAACUUCAAGAGGCCGGUUAGUAGGAGUCGGCUUCACCCCAGCUCUGGGACUUCCAGCUCAGCGAUGCCCCCGGGCCUCAGGGAGAGACACUUCUGCUCAUGGGGGCUCCUUCUGUGGCUCAGCAUUGGAAGUGCAGGAGAUGCACCUCCUACCCCACAGACAAAGUGCACUGACUUCCAGAAUGCUAAUCUUCUCCAAGGCACCAAUCUCAAAGUCCAGUUUCUCCUCUUCACCCCUUUGGAACCCAGCUGUGGGCAGCUAGUGCAGGAAAGUAGUGACAUCCAAAACUCUGGGUUUAAUGCCACUCUGGGAACCAAACUAAUCAUCCAUGGAUUCAGGGCCUUAGGUACAAAGCCUUCCUGGAUUGAUACAUUCAUUGGCACCCUUCUCCGGGCAGCAAAUGCUAAUGUGAUUGCUGUGGACUGGGUUUAUGGCUCUACGGGUGUCUACUUCUCAGCCGUGGAAAAUGUGGUUAAGCUGGGACUUGAGAUCUCCCGUUUCCUCAGUAAACUCCUGGUGCUGGGUGUGCCAGAGUCUUCGAUCCACAUCAUUGGUGUUAGCCUUGGGGCCCACGUUGGGGGCAUGGUGGGACAUUUCUACAAAGGCCAGUUAGGCCGGAUCACAGGCCUGGACCCUGCUGGACCGGAGUAUACCAGAGCCAGCCUGGAGGAACGCCUGGACCCUGGAGACGCCCUCUUCGUGGAGGCCAUCCACACAGACACUGACAAUUUGGGUAUCCGGAUUCCUGUUGGACAUGUGGACUACUUUGUCAAUGGAGGCCAAGACCAACCUGGCUGUCCCACCUUCAUUCACGCAGGCUACAGUUACCUGAUCUGUGAUCACAUGAGGGCUGUGUACCUCUACAUCAGUGCCCUGGAGAAUUCCUGUCCACUGAUGGCCUUUCCUUGUGCCACCUACAAGGCCUUUCUUGCUGGACAAUGUCUGGAUUGUUUUAACCCUUUUCUGCUCUCCUGUCCAAGAAUUGGGCUGAUGGAACAAAGUGGUAUCAAGAUAGAGCCGCUUCCCAAGGAAGUGAAAGUCUACCUCCUGACCACUUCCAGGGCUCCAUAUUGUGUUUGCACCGCUGACCUCUGGCCCAGGCAUCUGCUCUGCUUCGGUUUCCCAGUGCAUCACAGCCUGGUGGAGUUUUACUUGCAGGAGCCAAGGAACAAGGAUACCUUCAUCUCAGUCACCUUCCUUAGCAGCAACGUUACCUCCCAGGUCAAGAUCACCAUACCUAGACAGGAAUUCCAGGGGAAAGGAGUCAUAGCUCAUGCCAACCCUCAGUGCCAGAUAAACCAAGUGAAACUCAAGUUUCACUCUUCCCACCGAGUUUGGAGAAAAGACCGAACUACCAUUGUUGGGAAGUUCUGCACUGCUCCUUUGCCGGUCAAUGACAACAAAAAGAUGGUCUGCUUACCUGAGCCAGUGAACUUACAAGCAAGUGAGACUGUUUCUUAUGACCUGAAAAUAAUGUGUGUUUAGUAUAAACCUGGGCAGGAUACAUCUCCCUGAAUUUCAGAGGAGGGGGGGAGCUAUGUUCAACUUAUUCUAGGCCAUUACUAUUAGAAGGAAGGCAAAAACUCUUGGUUGUUUUCCCUAUAAUUAGCCACUUUAGAGGGGAGAGUUAGCUCAUCUAACAGAACUUUGUCUCUAUUACCAAUUUGAACAGCCUUACAAAAAUACCUUUUGAACUUUUCUAUUCAUAUUUAACUGCAAUUGCCCCAUAUCCUUGAACAUCUGUAUCUAGGAUUCAGUAGAAACAUUCACAGGAAGAAUGCUUUUUUAAAAAAAUAAAAUAUCUGACUGGCUUCAUUGUUUUAUUGGAAUGGAAUUCUGUUAUGUACAAAAAUAUGAUUGUCUAUAGGAUUGGAGAAAACAAUCCUACAAAAAUUGUACAGAAAACAAUACAGAAUUCUCCGUAUUAAAAUAGCAAUGGGAAAGAAGUUCUUGGAACAAGAGAGGGGAAGGAGGGCAGGCUGGAAGAUGGAAGAUCCCUUACCAUUGCUUCCUCUGGGUAGCUGGAAGAUUUUGGGGAUCAGAGAGAUCUUUGGGGAAUAUAGGUGGAUUUUCUUUGGGUCAUUGUUUCCCCAACUUUGUUAUAAGUUACCUUGUAUCAGCCAUAGUCCAGCAUGAAAUAGAUGAUGUGCUCAAAUUGGGUAAGUUGAGGAGAAUUUAAUAAAAGGACUGUUUACAAAGGUGUUAGUAGGAAGUGGGAAGACCACAAGGGAUAGUGCAGUUCCAGGGAGCCAGGGUCAUGGCAGCUGCUACUGGCCUAGGUGUGAAGAGGCAAAGGGAAAGAGCACCAGACUCCUGGGACUGAGAGGGCCUGCCAGGCCUUCAGAAAAGGGUCAUGGUCACCUCACCUGCAGCAAUCCUGCAGGGAGGAAACAGAGGAAAUAUAUUCUCUGACCUCACUCUUCUCUCUGCCUCAUCCCCUGCUAGUGCUCCCCAUCGAAUGACUCCAACCAGAAGCCAGAAGGCAAGAGGCAUGUUGAUGUGAGACAGGGCAUAGAGCAGGACACAGAAGGGUGGAGAAUGGGGAGGUGGGGCUGAGGAACAGAGAUCUUCUCCAAGAAGAUGUGAGGCACACAUCUUCUCCACUCUCUCCACAGCAUGGUACUCCCUGGUUCUUCCAUACUGAAUUGUUUUCUUUGACUCUUAAAAAAAUCAUUUAAAUCAUUUUUAAGUGUCCAAUUCAGUAGUCUUAAGUACAUCCAUACUGUUGUGCAACCAUUACCACUUUCCAUCUCUAGAACUUUUUCAGCUUCUCUAAUUGAAACUAUGUCCUCGUUAAACAAUGGUCCCAUCACCUCUCCCUGCAGCCCCUGGUAAUCCUACUCUAUUUUCUGUCUCUGAUUCUAGAACACCUCAUACAAUCGUAUAAUAUUUUUCCUUUUGUAUCUAGCUUAUUUCACUUCGCAUAAUGUCUUUAAGGUUCACUCUGGUUAUAGCAAGUAUCAAAAUUUCCUUCCUUUUCAAGGGUGAAUAAUAUUCCACUGUGUAUGUAUAUAUAUAUAUAUAUAUAUUUUUUUUUUUUUUUCCGUGCUUUGUUCAUUGAUUUAUCCAUCCAGGGACACUUGGGUUGCUCCACAUUUUGGCUGUUGUGAAUAAUGCUGCUAUGAA